AAGAGUAUAGAGACAGACACUAGGGGACAACACCCAGCAUCAACAUACAUCACAGUUACACAAGCAGCUAAGCGAAGAGCUCAAUCCGAACAUGGAUAACAUGGAUCUACAGCUGCGUGCUUCCUUCGACGAGUUCAGACGAAAUAAAAAUGCAAUGGAGCAAAUUCACAAGGACACACUCGUUUGCUUUCAAAACAUUGAGAAAGCACUAGGUUCACACAAACUUGGCAAGGAACUAGCUCAUGAAAUAGUCACAGAAAUGACCAUGGCCAAACAAGGGUCAGUAGAUGCAAGUAUGAUUCUAGUCGAGCUAGAAGGUACGGAUGCUACCACACUAACAUCAUCACUCUCUGACAUCCUCUACACCAAAGAGGAACAGGAAGAAGUAUCUGCAUUAUUCGCUCAGAGCCCUGCACUUAUAGUGGUUGGGCAAACCAACAGUGGCAAAAGCUCGAUAAUUAAUGAGAUUUUACGUAGUCGGAUCGUCUCGACAUCAGACCAGCCGUGUACAUCCCGGAUUGUAAAGCUGACAUAUUCCAAAGAAGACUACGUUCGUCUUGUCGACAGAAGGGGCAAGACAAUAGAGGAAUUCAAACCAAACGACAAGAAGAUACCGAGGGAAAUGAUCGAGCUAAGAGAAGGAGAUCGAGCAAGUGAAAACCGUGUCACGGCUAAGAUUGAAGCAGGCUUCGACAUUCCAUUCCUGAAGUCGGGUGUUGAUAUAAUUGAUUCUCCUGGCCGUGACGAAAACGAAGCACUCGAUGAAUUAGUUAGAGUGCAACUCAAGAAUAUUUUACCGUUUAUAGUAUAUGUUAUUGAUGGUCAUAACUUGUUUACAGCCCUGGACAAAUCCGUCUUGGACGAAAUAAACGAAAGAAAAAGUGAUUUGGAUAUCUUCUUUGUCGUAAGUAAAAUCGAACCACAGGAGGAAGACAGUUCAGACGAAGAGGAGGAAGAAGAUGAUGAAGAUGACGAUUACGAAAGUGUUCAAGACAAUAAAAAACGACGCGUAUUUGAACAGCUAGUAAAGAAUGGUCUUCUGACAGAUGACAAAGAAAUCAAAGACCAGGAGUACUUUCAUGGUCUGUCUGCCUGGAAACUGUCUGAAUACCGACGCAAGAAGAGGAAAAACCCUGACUGGAAUGACCCUCAUAAGUCGUACAAGGAGUACAUAGAUGCAUUUGAACGCUUCCAGUCAUGCCUGAAGAACUUUUCCGAUACAAGUCUCAAGGCAAGCACCAGAAGGUCCUGCCAGACAUUGAUCUCCGUCCUUCAGAGGUGUUUGUAUUUCUUUAUUGAAAAAGCUAACAGCUUGAAGCAAAACCGAGAUUCUGUUAUUGCUAUGCUCAAUAGAAUCGAAGAGGAAGAGAAACUGGUACAUGAUAACGUGGCUCAACAAGUUGAGAAGCACAAAUCGGAGAUUGUUGAUGUGAUGGUUCAAGCUAUUGAUGAUCUCAAAGGUACUGUUCCGCAAGAAGCCAGAACAUUUCAAUACGGUGAAGAGUUUUCACUGCCGAUUCGCGAUGGUUUUGUUAAGAGUAAGGAAGCAGUUAGUCAAUGUCGAAAGCAGAUCCAACAACUGGUCUUUAAUGCCGUCUUCAAACGUAUAGAGGUUACGUUAAUGAAGAUGUUCAGCACUCGUGAUAAUUUCUUCGAGGAACUCGAGCAGAGAGUGAAGACGAUUGAGGAGGAAGCGGCUUUAGAUGAAACUACCACUUAUGAAGCUUCCGCUGCUUUGCACAAUAACCUUGUCAAAUGUUACCAAGUGAAUCCAGAUAUUCGCAGUAAUGGCUUUAGUUGGGAGAAAUUGUUCAAAAAAUUUCGUGAAAUCUUGGUAGCAUUUUUGAAGCACCCAAGAGCAACAAUCACAGGCAAAGUUAAAGUUGGUGAUCCUGAGUGGAAAAGCAAGACUGCCCUUGAGACGAUCUCCGAAAUUAAUGUUCCCCAAGUUGCCACCGAACUGAUCAAAAGCCUGAAAAGCCAUUUCGAAAGUUGCCACAACCAGUUCAUCGAGCAGCUGAAAAACAUUCUGCGGGUGUUAAGACGUGGGGGAACACUGAAAGAUGAACAAAGAAAAGUUAUCCUCGAUUUUGCACCAGACGUCGCCAGUCUUGAGAUGCUGUGUCACAGUGUGAACGACCAUGCAAGGUUUGGUCGACCCCAACCAGGAGAAAUGAUUGGUGCAGGAGCUCAGGGAAACGUCUUCACGUGCAGGAAUAUCGUGACACCUGAGGGAAAGCCUUGUGUUGUGAAAGUGGUUCCUGUGGGCAGUGAAAGUCUUCUAAAGGAUUUGACACUUGAACUCCAUACCACAAGGACAAUAAGUCAUCCGAACAUUCUUCCCAUUGUCUGUACUACGAUAGAACCCAACCCCUCGACCGGUAUACGAGUAUCAAUCGUCACUGAAAGAAUGAAAUGCGAUCUUCAAAAUGCUUUGAAAGAGAUUCCAUCACUAAGAAUACGUCUGAUGAUUCUCCUGGACGUCGCAUUGGCCUUGCAAUACCUGCACCACAAAGGACUCAUGCAUCGAGAUAUCAAGCUACAAAAUGUUCUGGUGGAUGAGAAUAACCGAGGAUAUCUAACAGACUUUGGCCUAUGUAAACCAGAGGGUCUUGCAUCUGGGUCCUUAGUGGGUACACCUAUUGCAAUGGCUCCUGAGAUGAUCGCACAGUGCUAUAGCAAAUCCGUCGACGUGUACGCUUUUGGGAUCCUAAUGUGGCGAGUAUGCGAAGGACAAGGCAAUCAACCUCAGAACAUUUUUCUCUUUCCAGUUCCGCUUAUUAUGCUGGCAAUCAAUGCAAAAGAAAAACGAAAACCGGAACAUAAAGAUUGCUUCCUUCCAUCUUGUUGGAAGUUGAUGGAAAAGUGCUGGGGAGAUGACCCAGAAGCACGACCAUCUUUUGACGACAUAGUCAAGGACUUAAAACAAAUUCUAGAUGACAAAUGUAUAAUAUAGAUGAUUAGCGUUAUAGAAUAUUGCAUUACUAUACAGUUUUUGACAUGAUUUCUUACAUUUGAAAUUACAAGCUACGUGUGUUUGAUACGUUUUCAUGGCCUUUAAAAACCUUUUAGAGAUCUACAUUAUAAAGAUCCAUGUAUACUGUAUAUAAUCGAUUGAAGACUUUGCUUCGCGAUUACACUAGAAAAAAACGCGCACUUUGCAGGUUGGAAAUUUGAUGUAAAUAUYAUGCAAGUGUCCAAAAUGAUGUAAAUUUAAUGUAAAUCAUCAUUAUGSACACUUACAUAAUAUUUACAUCAAAUUUACAGCCUUUUAAAGUGCGUGAUUUUUUUCAGCAGCGUUAAGUUAUGAUUAUUUUGUAUGUGAUCUUAACCGAGCAAGUAGGUCAUUUACUACACAUAUUAUUGUUAAUAUUUGUGAUACAUCGUUUGUAGCGCACAGGUAUCAACUGAUGCAAUCAAUAUGUGAAAUUAGAACGACAUUGAAAAAAUACGCCAUAUAUUUUCUACAAAAAUAAAAACUAUACACACAGAA